AUUUGCUGUGCCUCUGCUUUGCAAGCCAAGUCAUGUAUACAGAUUUCAGAAUUAGAAACGUGGCCAUGGUCAUCGGAUUUCCUGACGUUGGCCUGAGGUCAUGAGGUCCAUAUAUACUCGAGGAAGAAGGCAGGCAGGGUCUUGUCCUAAACAAACAAUCAUUUCUCAAACAAUAUGGGAUUUGAACACUCUCCAUCAUCUGCUUUUCUUACGUUAAUUUUUGGGCUUCUUGCAUUCGCUUCGGGGGCUGCUUCACAGCCAAUUCAAGAAACCUUCUACCAGUGCAUAACCCUGAAUUCAGAUCUCUCCAUCCCUUUCUCCACAGCCUUUUCUGCUCCCGACAAUGCUUCUUUCACCACAAUUCUCGAAUCGACUGCCCAAAACCUGAGGUGCCUCGUCCCGUCCGUUCCCAAACCUCAGCUCAUCUUCAAGCCGUACACCGAAAACCAUGUCCAAGUCGCCGUAACCUGCGCCAAACAGCUCGGGGUCCAGCUGAGGGUCCGAAGCGGCGGCCAUGACUACGAGGGCCUGUCUUACAUAUCACUGUCCGACGAGCCUUUCAUCAUACUCGACCUGUCGAAUCUCCGCUCCGUCACUGUCAACAUCCAGGACAAUUCCGCCUGGGCGCAGGCAGGCGCGACCACCGGAGAACUUUAUUACAGGAUUUCGCAGAAAAGUAAGACACACGGCUUCCCUGCCGGACUCUGCACCAGCUUGGGGAUCGGAGGCCACAUAACUGGCGGCGCUUAUGGCACCAUGAUGAGGAAAUUCGGCCUCGGCGCUGACAAUGUGGUCGAUGUCCGUAUAGUGGAUGCUUCUGGAAGAAUCCUUGACAGGGAGGCCAUGGGGGAGGAUAUCUUCUGGGCUCUCAGGGGUGGCGGCGGAGCCAGCUUCGGGAUCAUCCUGGCCUGGAAAGUCAAGUUGGUUCCGGUGCCGGCAACCGUCACGGUUUUCACCGUGCCAAAGACCCUGGAGCAGGGCGCCACCAAGAUUCUGCACAAGUGGCAACAGGUUGCCGAUAAGAUCGAUGAAAAUCUCUUCAUCAGGGUGAUCAUACAGGUGGCUAACGGGGCUCAAAAGGGUCAGAAAACCGUACAGAAUCUUUACAAUGCUCUGUUUCUUGGGAAAACAGAGAGGCUUCUGGAGGUGAUGGAAGAGAGCUUCCCUGAAUUGGGAUUGACCAAAAAGGACUGCACCGAAAUGAGCUGGAUUCAAUCCGUGCUUUACAUUGCCGGAUACCCGGCGAAUACACCACCGGAAGUUUUGCUGCAGGGGAAAUCUUUGUUCAAGAACUUCUUCAAAGCCAAGUCGGAGUUUGUCCGAGAGCCCAUUCCGGAAACAGGGCUUGAAGGGCUGUGGAAAAGGCUCAUGGAAGAAGACUCUCCCUUGAUGAUAUUAAAUCCAUACGGCGGAAUGAUGGGGAAGAUAUCCGAGUCUGAGAUUGCUUUCCCACACCGGAAAGGCGUCGUGUAUAUGGUUCAAUACUUAACACUGUGGAACGAGGACAAACCCGAGGUCGAAGCCAAGCACAUGGACUGGAUGAGGAAGCUCUACAAUUACAUGGCGCCGUUCGCCUCCAUGUUCCCAAGAGAAGCGUAUGUAAACUACAGGGACCUGGAUUUGGGGAUCAACAAAAAUGGGACAAAUUUCAUUCAGGCAAUUUCAUGGGGUGCAGCAUACUACAAGGAGAACUUCAAUAGACUGGUACAAGUUAAGACGAAGUUUGAUCCUGAUAAUUUCUUCAGACAUGAACAGAGCAUCCCAACUCUUCCAUUGCUGCAUGAAAUGAUAGAAAAGAGUAUGAUUCACUGA